AUGGCCACUUCGCUCUCGGAUCAUCCAAUCGAUAUUCGUGCACUCAACCGUUAUGAUAAUUCUCAAUGGAAAACUCCCGAAAAAUCAUAUUUGAAUUAUAAGAAACUGUGUGAAGCAUUUGGAACACAAUCAGUUUCAUAUGAAGAUUAUGAAAAUUGGUUCAAUAUUCAUUCCAAAGAAGCUUACUAUUCGAAGAACAGAAAAAGAGAUCUCCCAAUACCAGACAUUCGUGGAUGCAUCCUCUCUGACGUAAUCAAUGGAAAAACUGCCAAAAAAUCGUUGAAUGAUUUGUAUGAAGCGUUUGAAUAUCUUAAAAUCGAUAAGGAAGAUAACGAUUAUUGGUUCAAAAGAUUUGAAAAUGGACACCUAUUUACUCGUGUCACAUUCUCCGAUCUACCAGAAGACGUGAUAAUUGAAAUUAUUGGAAAAUGUGAAUUGAAAACUCAUUACGAUCUCCGAAACGUUUCAUACGGACUUCGAACCAUCGUUGAUCAGAGGGCUCCUCCGUACACUGAAAUUUUCUUAUAUUUUGGAAAAUAUGGCAUUAACAUCUCAAUAAAGCACAAAUGGUCUCUUCGUCAAAAACAGACUUUCAGAGAACUGGGAUUUUUAUUGCGAAAUCCGAGACUCCGACUGAAAAAAUUCCAUAUUGAAACGGUCAUUAUCGAUGAUCCAGUACUUGGUAUCGGACCGAUUUCCCUUUCCCGACGCGACAACACACGCUUUUUUGAUUUACUCAGCUCGUUGGAUCACAAACUUCAAGUGGAGGAAUGCUCGAUUUUGACUGAAACCGAGGAAGAAUUGGUUGGAUUUUUACAAUGUCUCAAGCCCGGAACUCUUCAGAAAAUAGUUAUUAGAGGCAGACAACUUCGAAGAGAUAGUAUCAAUCGAAUCGUCAGUAUGGACCAAUGGAAACAAGCGAAACACCUAAGACUCUAUGGAUUCAACCUGUCAUCUGUCGAACAUUUUAUUCAUUUCACAACUAUCGAAACGUUUGAAGCAUUUUCAGUAGAGGAUCUGGUUCAACUGUGCGAUGGUUUGUCCAGAUCAAUCAAUUUCGAAUCGUAUACUAUGAGAACUCGAGAAAGAUUGGAUACAGAAGCAAUCAAGGAAGCACUAAACCUUCAACAAACCACUUCUCCAGGAAUAUAUUCAAUUCCCAAUUCAAAUCUUGUAGUUGAGUUUUUAUUCGGCUCAAGACUAUUGAAAUUGAGAAAAUGCUCCGUAUAA